GUACCGUCCCAGUCGCCACAAGACAGAAAUGAAGUUUCGGUGACAAUGGUUAAUUCCCCUCCUCUAGCAGUCGAUCUGUUGCAGAGAUGUGGUUCAUCUCCAUGCAACAGAAAUGUCACGUACCGAGGUUUGAUCCUGGUGCUGACGUUCUUCUGUUACGCCUCCUACCAUUUGUCACGGAAACCAAUCAGUGUUGUCAAGAGUGUCCUCCACAGAAACUGUUCCAAUUUGAUUCGCCCUCCUAAGUAUGCCAAUGACACUGACAACUGGUGCAGUUGGGAACCGUUUGAACAUGACAACUAUGAACAGCUCCUGGGGAGCCUCGACUACGUCUAUCUGUUCAGCUACGCCAUCUCCAUGUUCAUCAGUGGACAUAUUGCCGAACGGAUGAACUUGAGGACGUACCUCACCCUCGGAAUGUUCGGGAGUGGGAUUCUUACUGCUGCGUUCGGAAUGGGGUAUUACUGGCAGAUACACUCGUUGACUUAUUACUUAGGUGUACAGGUUGUUGGUGGAUUUUUCCAAGCUACAGGCUGGCCUGGUGUUGUUGCUUGUGUGGGGAAUUGGUUCGGGAAGGGCAAGCGAGGUUUUAUCAUGGGGGUCUGGAACUCCCACACAUCGGUUGGUAACAUCCUCGGCUCUGUUAUCCCUGGAGUUUUCGUGGACAAACAGUGGGGAUUAUCGUUCAUAGUUCCGGGCAUCAUCAUCUUCUGCAUGGGGAUUAUCGUGUGGCUCUUCCUGGUGCCCAGUCCUGAAGACGUCGGGUGCGAGGACCCGGACCAGGUUGGUAAUCAGAAGCCUCAGGAGAAGGUGGUGAGGACCUGGGAAGGUUUGGUGAAUGGGAACCGGAAUGUCGAGAGUGAAAGUGCGAAAUUAUUGGAGAAUGAAGACGGAGUUGCUACUGAACAUGCCACCGCACCACACCACGGUGCUCAAGCCAUAUCAUUUUUAAGUGCGCUCAGAAUUCCUGGUGUGAUCGAGUUCUCUCUCUGCCUUUUCUUCGCGAAGCUUGUCAGCUACACAUUCCUCUUCUGGUUGCCGAACUAUAUCAACCACACUGGCGCAAACUACGAUCCGGAACAGGCCGCUGAUUUGUCGGCUCUGUUUGAUGUCGGCGGUAUCGUAGGAGGGAUCGUCGCUGGCGUGGUUUCAGACUACACCGGUGCUCGUGCUGCCACCUGUCUAGUCAUGUUGACAUUAGCCGCACCAAUGAUGUUCAUCUAUGAAGCGUAUGGAAACCAAAAUUUAACUUUGUAUAUAGUUUUACUCCUGCUGACUGGUGCUAUAGUCAAUGGUCCGUACGCGCUGAUUACCACUGCUGUCUCUGCCGAUCUUGGUACUCACGAAUCCCUCCACGGAAAUGCUAAAGCCUUAGCGACUGUCACUGCUAUCAUUGAUGGAACUGGCUCAAUGGGUGCCGCCCUGGGUCCCCUUCUCACUGGCCUCAUCGUCCCCACAGGAUGGAAAAAUGUCUUCUAUAUGCUGAUUGGUGCAGACAUCUGUGCUCUUUUGUUUCUUAUACGAUUGGUGGUGAAGGAAUUCAAAAAAUCAUCGUGUUGCAGAGUGGACGCUAUCCUCGACGACGAACCAGAUCUGGUUGGUUCUCGUACCUGAUCCAUAGCAACCAUGUUACCAUAGUGACAGUGACUCUGUAUCCAUGACGACUGUGAUAUAUCCAUGGUAACUAAACUCAGGACUGUAUUCUGCAUGUGGACAGUGCAUCUAUCACUCACCUCUAACUCGCAGAUAUCGACCCCAAAUUCCGAGCACAAAAUAGUGUUAUGAGUGAUCAACUAUAGCUGUUUUGAUGAAGAGGUAUUUUGUGCCAACUAAUAUAUCAAACCGCUUCUCCACUGAAUAUUCCAAGACAGUAGGUAGACAGUAACUUAUACCUUAGAACAGUAUAUCGUGGAAAAAGUCUGAAAAAGUUCCCAAUUUUGGGUUUCAAGCUCAUUCAUUACAAAAAAUCACUGGCUGAUGGAAAUUUCAAAAUCCAGCCUGAUAGAGAUUUGAAAUUCAUGUCAUAACUGCAAAAUCUGCCGUGGGCUGUAAUUUUCAAUGUAGAUUGUGCAAUACAAUGGAAUACUGAUAAGUUUUGUACACUUUUUUUUCUCGUGAAUUGUAAAUGAUUUCACUAGCAAUAAGCUUGUACAAUCAUAUCUCUUCUCACCUGGUAAUGUAGUAGUCCAACUUGCUGAGAGUCGGACAGUUUUCCAACUCACCGAGCUGGUCUCCUGGGAAAAGGAGCAAGUUUUUCCAAUAAUCUUCGUAAAAAACUGCUUCCUUGUUCAGCAAAGUGAGGUUGUUUUCAUCUGGUAUUGAGGUUCGUUAAAGGACCAGUGGCUUAAUUGAGAGCAUUAUUACCAAGCAGUCAGCUACCCUUCUACCUUCCCAUCAUCAAAGUUCCACAUAAAAUGGAGAAAGUUCAAAAUCUGACUGAAUUAUCAGGCUCUUCUGAUUUCAAUCUGACUCGAACCUUGGUCAUCUUCGUGCAGGUUGAUGCAUCAAUGAUGUUAAAUAUAAAUAAUUCUUGGUAAGUUGGGGAACUGAUUCUCCAUGCGGUGCGCUUUAGGCCUGGUUGUUGUUUAUAUAUAUUAAUACAUCCGCAUGUAUUUGCUUAUAAAUAUUGAUUGUUAAAUUAUUUAUCGAGGUAUGGUUAAGUGGUUUUCAGAGGCAAGAGUAACACACAGCAUGUAAAUGUUAUGCUAAUACGAGAAUCUAAUAGAGUAGAACCUCUCUAUUAAAGACACCCUCAGGACUGACAAGUGCUGUCCUUAAUGGAGAGGUGUCCUGAUUAGAGAGGUCAAUUUGACAACGAAUAUUCUCUGAUCAAAUUUAAUGCAACGACGACAUCAACGAUUACAUACAAAAACGCACAGAGGACCAAUUCCACAGUUGCCGAUCCUGGAAAUGUCUUGGGCAGUGUCACAACCCGUCUUCGAGGCCACCUUGUGUCCUAAGGGAGGUUCUUGUGUAGGUUACUCUUAGUUAUUGCAAGUAGCUUACAUAUACAUGUACUACAUGUAGUAAUACUGAUAAAAAAUGUAUGGUGUUGAUUCAAAUUUUACUGUACAAGCAGUAUAAUGUUUUUCCCCCUAAGCAGAUGGUCUUUUUUCAAAGUGGUUACAUAUUUCAAUGUACUAAUAGAUAGCAAGUCAACUUUGAUCAUUUUUCAAUGAAUUGGUAUUGCCGUAUCAAGGCCCUCAUGAUGUCGAGUAAAAUUUAUGUUUUAAAACCAUUACUUUAAUGACUUAAUGACUAGUCUUUAAAGUAAUGAAUGUAAAAUGAAUAUUCUACAGCACACCUUUGCUAAUUUUUAUCAGCACACAUUAUUUGCCAGCACAAGUCCUUUAAGAUUGCUUUAUUCUCGAAGCGUUUCGAAUACAAUUUGUGAUUGAAAACUGUUUCUUUAAUGACUUUUCUUUUUACGAAUGUUAAAUGAAUAUUCUUAUCGCACAACAUUGCUAAUUUCAUAUCUGCACCCAAUUUUUUAUUGCUCAUCUGCGACACGGUUUUAAUUUUUGUCAGAAGUUUUUUAAAUGUCCAGAUUUGUUGCUAACAUACGGUAAACCCAGAAAAAGUCACAACACUUUUAUUUUGCGGUUUUGCAAAAUUGCAACAUUUGCGUACUUUUAAAUUAGUGUUUUGUCCACACUGCCACAGUAAUUACAUUUAUAGCAAAUAUAUUUUCUUUCUCACAGCCGAAUAUUUUUCCAGUGAUUUUUAAAUGCAAAAAGUGAAAGCCACGUGAAUAUUUUCUGGGUUUAAGUACAUCUUUAUGGUUUAUACAGUAUAGCUUUAUUCAUAUUUUGUAAACCGAUCUAUCUUAAAAACUUUUACUACCUGUGGGCCAGGUGUACAUGUGCAUGCAGCUUUAAAACAGUGCAUUAUUUAUGAAAACGAUUUUCUGUACUCCUUAUCAGAUUCUGCUGAAAUUAAUUUGAUGAAUGUGUAUAUGAAAAGAAUGUCUGAAUAAAAUCAAGAAUUAAUGGAGUAA